AUUUCCUGUGUCAGUUGGAAGCAGCAGUGGGAAGGGUAAAGAGUGGUGACAAACAUCAGAAGUGGUUUCUUGGACCAAACUAAAACACUGGUAUUCAUUUAAACGUAUUUGUUCAUAGAUCAGCAAUGCAGAGGAGUGAGAUGGAGGAUCCAGUAGCUGAUAGCAGUGCAGAUGAUACAGAGAUACAGAGCACCGCUGCAUCUGAGAUGACCAACAGCCCCAAAGAAGCCGUAACACAGCCGGAUGGCACACCAACCAGCAAUUCUCAGGCAGAGGAAGGCUUGGCAGAGGCUGGAGCGAGUUCUGCCUCCUGUGACAUGGCUGAGGAACUGAGCAGACAGCUGGAGGACAUCCUCAGCACCUAUUGUCUUGAGGAUGGUGGUGUUGGCGGUGAGGAUGCGGCGGUGACCAACGGCCAGCCUGAUGGUGUGGAAGUGAACGGGCUGUCUGAGAAGGAGGGCGGCAAGCAGGAGGAGGCCAAACUGAACGGCAAUGGAUGCACUGAGAAGGACCAGAAAAAGCUGCAGGACAAGAAGAAAGUGAAGGGCCUGGGCAAGGAGAUCACCCUUCUUAUGCAGACUCUCAACACAUUGAGCACUCCAGAGGAGAAGCUGGGUGGCCUCUGUAAGAAGUAUGCUGAGCUGCUAGAGGAGAACCGUAAUGCUCAGAAACAGAUGCGGGUUCUGCAGAAGAAGCAGACGCAGCUGAUCCAGGAGAAGGACCAAUUGCGAAACGAGCACAGCAAAGCCAUCCUGGCACGCAGCAAGCUGGAGAGUCUCUGUCGAGAACUGCAGAGACACAACCGCACACUUAAGGAGGAUGGUGUGCAACGUGCCCGAUUGGAGGAGGAGAAAAGGAAGGAAGUGACUUCACAUUUCCAGGUGACUCUGAACGACAUCCAAGUUCAGAUGGAGCAGCACAACGAGCGUAAUGCAAACCUAAGACAGGAGAACAUGGAGCUGGCUGACAAACUGAAGAAGCUUAUUGAGCAGUAUGAGCUCAGAGAGGAGGAAACGACCAUGUACAGAUCACGAUGGGAAAGUAGCAACAAAGCCUUGCUGGAAAUGGCAGAGGAGAAAACGCUACGAGACAAAGAUUCCGAAAGCCUGCAGGUGAAGGUGCAGCGUCUGGAAAAGCUCUGCCGUGCGUUACAGAUAGAACGCAACGAGCUGAGUAAGAAGGUUCAGGGUGUCUCCACAGGCGUUGAGAGUAAACCAGAAACAGAGACGGGGUCACCAUCAGAAGCCACAGACUCGGAGGAGGGCAGCCCUGUCCAUCAGAACAGCGCAGAGACUCCACGAACCGCUUGCAGCCCUGCGUGCCACUGCGCUCCAGAUCUAGAGGCCGAGACUCCCAGAGAGGUUUGCUCAGCCCAGGAUUGAGUCUUGCUGCUGCUGCUGGGCGGCCAGGACACACACAAUCCUUCCCGCCUCCACCAGACCCCCGACCCUCUGUCGGCAGUCAGCGUCUGUUGUUUUCCGCAUCUGCGUCCACAACGGAACCAAUCAAAAAUACAUAUCAACAUAUAUAACAUCAUCAUUUUAACACCAGGCUUGGCAUCCAUGGAACUCAUCCGCCAUACAGUUCAACUUUUUAUUUUCAUUUUCCCCGAGUAGAAAUUGAGCUUGUGUUUCAACUCGUCAUUUAUUUAGUUCUUUCCAUUCAGGUCUUCUAGAAGAGCUAGCACCAUGUUCUUUGCCCUCUGUUCUCGUUUCUUCACGUUCCUCAUGUCUCGCUCCAGACUCUCCACUCUAGCCAAGGCUUCUCCGAGUCUAGCCUUUAGAUCAGUGGGAUCUGCAGGCAAUGCAUAAGA